AUACUACACUCACUUCAAAGUUCAAACUCCAAAACUUUCUUUCAAACCAAAAAAGAAAUUAAACAAGAUGGCAACAACAACCGUAGAGCUUAUAUUCAUCCCAUUACCCGUAAUCGGUCACAUGAAAUCAACAAUCGAGAUCGCAAAACUACUCAAAAACCGAGAUCAACGCCUCUCAAUAACCGUUCUUAUCAUGCAACCACCUUCCGGCUUGAGAACAGGUUCGGCUAUAGCCACCUACAUCGAAUCACUAGCCGAUAAAUCCACACAACGCAUGCGUUACAUCACUCUCCCACAACCCGAAACCCUACCAACACGUGACCCAAAAGCCCCCAUGACUUUUGUCAACGAUUACAUAAACACUCAUUGCAAACACGUUACAAAUGUUGUAACCGAAAUAAUUAGUCAAUCGGGUUCGGAUAAACUUUCCGGGUUUGUUGUUGACAUGCUUUGCCCCGGUAUGAUUGAUGUGGCCAAUGGUUUUAAUGUCCCUACGUAUGUUUUUGUUACUUCUAGUGCGGCUUAUCUUGGUUUUGAGUUGUAUAUACAAACCCUAUGUGAUGAUCAAAAUCAAGAUGUUGUUGAGUUGACUAACUCGGAUGGUGUGGUUAAGGUUCCGGGUUUUGUGAACCCGGUUCCGACUAAGGUGUUUCCUUCUGGGUAUGAUACUAAAGAAGGGGUUGACUAUGUUUUGUUGAUUUCAAGGAAGUUAAGAGAAGCGAAAGCAAUCAUGGUUAAUACUUUCUUGGAAUUUGAAACACACGCGAUUGAGUCGUUGACUUCUGACAAAAGUGUACCGGGUGUGUACCCCGUGGGGCCUGUAUUGAAUCCGGUGGGUGGUGAUAACGAGAAUUCAGAUAGUGAUGUCAUAAAGUGGUUGGAUAGUCAACCACGUUCUUCGGUGGUUUUCUUUUGCUUUGGGAGUUUGGGAUGUUUUAAUGAGGUUCAAGUGAAGGAGAUUGCUUAUGCUUUGGAGCGAAGUGGUCACCGUUUUUUGUGGUCCCUACGUCAACCUCCUUCGCCGGAGCAGGCAUCGAGACACUCUGGAGAUUACGAGGAUCCAGGGGUAGUGUUGCCCGAGGGAUUCCUAGACAGGAUUGGUGAAUCUGGGAAGGGGAAAGUGAUAGGGUGGGCGCCACAGAUGGCGGUGUUGGCUCAUAGUGCGGUUGGAGGAUUUGUUUCACACUGUGGGUGGAACUCGGUGUUAGAGAGCAUGUGGUUUGGUGUGCCAAUGGCAGCGUGGCCGAUCUACGCUGAGCAACAGAUGAAUGCGUUUGAAAUGGUGGUGGAGUUAGGAUUGGGUGUUGAGAUUAAGUUGGAUUAUAAGAAGGAUAUGUAUAAUCCGAAAAAUGAUAUUGUUACGACUGAGGAGAUAGAGAGCGGAAUAAGGAGGUUGAUGGAUGAUGACGAAAUGCGAGAGAAGAUGAAAGAUAUGGGGAAUAUGAGCCGACUGACUGUGAGAAAGGGAGGUUCUUCCUACGCUUCUGUUGGUCUUUUGAUUCAGGAUUUUAUAGGGAAUGCCUAGUGAUUGAGUUUGUGGCUACUGUCUGUUUGUGCGCGCGCUUAGAAUUGAAAUAUGUAAUUUUAUUGAACUCCCUUUUAUUUAUA